UUUCCUGAUUCUCUUCAGACUUAGUUUCCUCAGUCGCUCGGCAGACACAUAAGGUGCAGCCUGCAGCGCAGUCAGUGUAGCGGAGCUGUGUUCCUGGAGCGGGAGCGAUGGGCGUCUUCCUGAUUUACUUCUUAUGUCUUCAUACGUGUUUUGUGCUCUCAGCCCCCGGAUCUGAAGAUGACUCCUCUGUCGAUCAUGUUUCUGAGGAAGAGUCUCAAGAGGAGGCAGACGACUCGGGGAGUGAUGAAUCCGACCUGGAUGACGAUGGAGGGGACUCCUCAGAACCUGGUGAAGAUCUUCCAAUAAGAUCCAAGGAUAGGAAACAUCAAUCUGCCCCCGGAUCUGAAGACCACUCCUCUGUUGAUCAUGUUUCUGAUUGGCGGUCCCAAGAGGAGGCAGACGACUCGGGGAGCGAUGAAUCCGACCUGGAUGACGAUGGAGAGGACUUCUCAGAACCUGGUGAAGAAUUUCCAAUAGGAUCCUACGAUUGGCUGGUCUUAGGAUAAAUCACAUUUCCUGCCUCCUGUAACGGCUGCUAGAAGAUUGCGUCUCGCUCUCCAGGAACUAACACUGAUCUGAAUAAACACCGUGUGAUGCUUCAUUUACCCUGCGGGGGCGCUGCAGAGAAAGCCAAACCCCACAGAUUACAGCUGAUUGCUGAGGGUUGUACAGAAAUCAAUUUGAGCAAGAAAAUAAAAUAAAAAAACUUUUCUCAUCA